AUGCACACCAACCUGCAACUCAUGUCUGGGAAACACGAUGGCUAUCUUCUAGCAUCUGAAGAACUGUCAGAGGGAAAAGAAACAGACUUGUUCUACACAGCCCUGAAAGGCCCUGGAGGUCUCUCCCGGGCCCCCGAGACGUCUGGCAAGGCCUACUCCGAGGCUGCACGCCCCCGUCACCGCAGGGCAGCAGCCUCCCCCCCGGUUCCCGCGACCCCAGAGCAGCCAGACCCGGUCCAGCCCGGUGCCCGGCUCUCGCGGCCGGCCCCGGGGUCCCUACCACGAACCUCUUCCGGACCACCACCCCGGCUCCUCGGGGCUCCCCCCGCCGCCAGGAGUCCUACCGGCUUUCAGUUCAGGGACGAGCCGCUGCUGCCUGCGCGAGAGUCGGGUUCCCAAAAGCCGCUCUCGCCGCCUGCAGCCCGCCUUCCAGGCCGCGCCGGAUCCUCCGCUCCCCCUGCUGGCGAGCAGCCAUUUCCGACCUGUACCGGCGGAACUUGCCGAAGUGCGCAGUGCCGGAAAUGGCCGAACCCCGGGGCUGGCGAGCCUGAAGUCCGGGGAGGGGGAGGGGAAGGGGGAGGGGAGGGGAAUGGGGAGGGAGGGGGAGGGCAGAAGGGGCGGGGCGAAGGCUUCCCCGGCUCCGCCGACCGCGCCCGAAGAGCUUCGGAAGCCUCGGCCCCCGCAGCCGGGGUCGCCAGGGUCCGCGAGCGGCGGCGCUGGGGAUUGUGGGAGCCGCCCACGGGGAAGAAGCGCGGGCCCGCCUCUCUCAGCCCUCAGACCCGCCUCCUACUAGUGCCCCAACUCUCCGAAAAACCUCUCCGGGGGGUGCAGAGCGAAAGCUCUCCGCCGGUCCUGGAACGCGUUCCGACUCCAGAGCCUCAGCCAUUGAACUUCGGGUGUAAAACUAAAGCCGUCCCCACAGACAAGGCCUUCUUCAAUGAGCUGACGGUCUCCCAAAAGGCCUGGAGUUGGCAAACAGUGAAUAUUUAA